CACCGCCUGCUCCGUUUGCGGGGGUAGCCGGGGCUCCGGCCUCGGCGGCUUUCAAAGCCCCCUUCCUCACAACAGGAUCCAAAAUCCCGUCCUAGAGUUCUUCUACCUCCCUUUCCAGAACUUUCUCUUUUGGCAUCCCUCACGAUCGAUCUCGAUCCCCCCCGCUUCGAUUUCGAUUUCAUCUCUUCUUGUUAUUGAUUGGUUUUUCUAGCUUCUUUCAUAUAUCAUUUUGAAUUUUGAUUCCUUCCUUCUUCCCCAGUAGCUAAUCCGAUCCAAUCCAAUCCCCCGUUCCAUUUCGUUCUUCCCUGUUCAUCAUCCGCACCCAGCUAACGCCUCCCAGAACAGCAAUUUUAUAGCACAGGAAAAAAAAACCAACCAAAUCCUACCCACCGCCCAAAAAAAAAAGAAAGCCUAACUUUAUUUUCCCCAUCUGUGGAAUUCUCCGGUUUUUUCUGACGAGAUGCCUGCGCUCGCCGUCGACGCCACAACACCCGUGGCGCACGCCAUCGCAUCAUGCGACGCGGCGGCUCGCUUCCCUGCCCCGCCCGUGGUGGGCCCCGCCGCUGCCGCAGCCGCUGACCCCGUCCCGUGGUCGGCCGACCUCUCCGCGGCGCUCUACAACGUGGACGGCUGGGGCGCGCCCUACUUCUUCGUCAACGACGACGGCGACGUCGCCGUGCGCCCGCACGGCCCCGCGACGCUCCCGGGCCAGGAGAUCGACCUGGCCAAGGUCGUGGCCAAGGCCGCGGGACCGCGCGAGGGCGGUGGGCUCGGCCUGCCGCUGCCCUUGCUCGUGCGCUUCCCCGACGUCCUGCGCCACCGCGUCGAGACCCUCAACGCCGCCUUCGGCUACGCCGUCCGCUCCACCGGCUACGGCUCCAGGUACCAGGGCGUGUACCCGGUCAAGUGCAACCAGGACAGGUACGUCGUCGAGGACAUUGUCGAGUUCGGCGCGCCCUUUGGGUUCGGCCUCGAGGCUGGCUCCAAGCCCGAGUUGCUGCUCGCCAUGAGCUGCCUCGCCGCGCGCGGCAACCCGGACGCUCUGCUCAUCUGCAACGGCUACAAGGACGACGGCUACGUCUCGCUCGCGCUCAUGGCACGCUCCAUGGGCCUCAACACCGUCAUCGUGCUCGAGCAGGAGGAGGAGCUCGACAUUGUCGUCGAAGCCAGCCGCCGCCUCGGCGUGCGCCCCGUCGUCGGCAUGCGCGCCAAGCUGCGCACCAAGCACGCCGGCCACUUCGGCUCCACGUCCGGGGAGAAGGGCAAGUUCGGCCUCAACGCCGCGCAGAUACUGUCCGUGGUCACCAAGCUCAAGGCCAUUGCUAUGCUCGACUGCCUCCAGCUGCUGCACUUCCACAUUGGCUCCCAGAUCCCGACCACCGCCCUGCUCUCCGACGGCGUCGGCGAGGCCGCGCAGAUCUACUGCGAGCUCGCCAGGCUCGGCGCCGACAUGCGCGUCAUCGACGUCGGCGGCGGCCUCGGCAUUGACUACGACGGAACCCACUCGGCGCAGACCGACAUGUCGGUGGCGUACAGCCUGGAGGAGUACGCGACGGCCGUGGUGGCCGCCGUCGGCCGCGUCUGUGACCGCAAGGUGGUGCAGCACCCCAUCAUCUGCAGCGAGAGCGGCCGCGCGCUGGUGUCCCACCACUCGGUCCUGGUGUUCGAGGCCUUCUCGGCUACGGCGCCAGGUCGCCUGGACGCGGCCACGGCCUACCUCCUCGACGAGCUCACCGACGACUGCCGCGGCGACUACCGCAACGUCAUGGCCGCCGCCGUGCGCGGUGACUACGACACCUGCGCCCUGUACGCCGACCAGCUGAAGCGGCGCUCCGCCGAGCAGUUCAAGGAGGGAGUUCUUGGCCUGGAGCACCUUGCCGCGGUGGACGCCUUCUGCGAGCUCGUCGCCCGCGGCAUGGGCGCGCCCGAGCCGCCGCGCACCUACCACAUCAACCUGUCCGUGUUCACCUCCCUGCCGGACAUGUGGGCCAUCGGGCAGCAGUUCCCCAUCAUCCCGAUCCAGCGCCUGCAGGAGCGCCCCGCCGUCGACGGUGUCCUCUCGGACCUCACCUGCGACAGCGACGGCAAGGUCAGCGAGUUCAUCGGCGGGAGGCACAGCCUGCCGCUGCACGAGCUCCCCACCCACGCCACCCGCGGCUACUACCUGGGCAUGUUCCUCGGUGGCGCCUACCAGGAGGCCCUCGGCGGGCUGCACAACCUCUUCGGCGGGCCCAGCGUGGUGCGCGUGUCGCAGUGCGACGGCCCCCACUGCUUCGCCGUGACGCGCGCUGCCGCGGGCCCGUCCUGCGCCGACGUGCUCCGCGCGAUGCAGCACGAGCCCGAGGUGAUGUACGAGGUGCUGAAGCAGAGGACCGACGGCGCCACGGCCGCCGCCCUCGCCAGAGCCUUCGGCGCAAUGCCGUACCUGGUGUUCGACCCGGAGGCCGCGGUGUUGUCCAGCGGCGAGAGUAGCGGCAUGAGCAGCGACUCGGAAGGGUCAGCCGCCGGCGCCGCCGAGGAGGAAGACGAUGAGGAGUGGGAGUUCAUGCGCGGCCUCACCGUCUGAUGCAUGGCUGCAGCAGCAGCGCCCCUGUUCCCGUGUCCGUCCUGGUGAAACAAGUCCAGUCGCCAGCAAGUUGUCAAGUCGCCGGCCGGCGUUGGUAAUCUAACCCCCACCGCCCGGUGUUGUAUCGUGUCAUGGUCGUAGUCGUCGGGUGUCUCGUCGUCGCCGGAGUUCAUGGCGCCACCUUUUUAUUCCGAAUGCGUCAGUGUCCACUGUUCGCCUUUUUUUUUAUUUCUCUCUUUUUCUUCCAUGGGAAUAACAUGAAGGAACUAAUAGCAAGUUUCUCUGCAACUGUUAUCUAGUUUCGUUUUUCAAGAAUUCAUUCAGCUUUUGUCAAUGGGAUAUCCAUCCA